UCAAAACCCCCAAAACGCAAAACGGUCAAAAACAUCACGAUAAGCCCCUCUCGCAUCGUGAUUGUGUUAUCAGAUUUUGUAAAGAAGGAGCGAUAAUAAUAUUCGCUUCGCCUCGUGUUCUCCUUUUCCAGCGCAAGGUAUUCUCUUCAUGUUCAGUCAGUGAGUCAUAACAGUCUCGAGAAAUGAAGUACGUGGAUAAAUUCAUUGGUAGGUAGUCUGUCACCAGGAAGCACCCAGCAGGUUUGCAUUGCCUCCUCUUGGAAUGUGAAGUGUUCUGUUGCCCAUUAUGAUGACUGAAUUGGCGUCUGACAAACUUCAAGAUAUUCUUGACCGGAAGGCUCAGUUAGAGAUCUCCACUGAAGUUAAUCAGAUAUUAGAUGUGCUUUUCAGUCUCUUUGAUGUCGAGAUGACAACAGCAGAUCUACAAACUACCCUCAUUGGGCACACCGUGAACUUAUUGCGGCAUGACGAGUCUGUUGGCACCGUUGCUCAAUGUUUGAUUCGGAAGUGGAAGAACAUCAUAAUCGAUGAAAUGGAAGGGGGAGAGUCAUGUUCAGAUAGUGAUGAAGUUUCUUGCGAUAGUGAUAGCAAUCAGUCGGAGCCUUCUGAUACUGAUUCUGUUUCCUGUGAUUGUGAUAGCUGUCCGUCAAAGCUGCAUGACAGAAGGAGCAACCUUUUAAAAAUUUGCACCAAAGCCACUCCCCUUGUUAAACUCAUCCGGGUGGAUGCCCAAAAGUUACCAGCCAUUAUGAACACUGACAACCAAGAGGAAAAGGUCAUCAACCAAGUUCAAGAUGCGGAAGCCUCUGGUUCAGGAUUGUUAGAGUCCGAGUGUCCGGCUGUCACAUACCCCUCAUCAAACCCGAAAGUCAAAAAUUGUGCGAAGUUCCCUCUAGUUGAGGUAAAGAGAUACAUAGGCCCGAAAAGACUCAUCCUUAAGUCACCACGAGGCAAAGGCAAGAAAUCAUUAAGCAAAUGCUGCAAUAAUCCCGAUUCUCCCAACACUCAGAAACGAUUAUGUCCGGAAGUUAAAUAAGUGCUACAGGUUGAAACCUGUGUUUCAUACAAUUUCUUCUUAUCCUGUUUGAGUUAAAUAAUUCCUCUUAAAGAGGAAUCUAAUCUGUUGGUGGCAGGAAAGAAGCCAUUCAAGCACCAUGUAGUGCAACUAAGAUUGGGGGGGGGGGUUGUCUUGAAAUCAUAGUACAGUAUCCCAAAAGGAGAGGGGUCAAGUCCAGUGUUUCAAGCCUCUGUCAGAUUUUAAUGUACAGAAGCUUUUAAUAAAAUGAAAUAGGUACUGCAAGAGAAUACCUAAUUUGCAAUUUCAGGUAGAAAUCUUAUGAAAUUCAAUCUUUACAAAUGAAACCCAAUAUUUUAGGGUUGGGAAUUUGUUGUCAAGUUAACCUCUGUAUUCGCGUAUUUUUACAUCAAAGUAGCUUUGAAAGAGCUACUGGAAAUUUUUUUUUUUCCCUUUAAUUUUGCCCUGUUUCUGUGAAAUUGAGUUGCUAGAGUUCUCAGCCUGAUUUCUGCAAUCCCAAAGGAGUUCAGACUCAAGCUAAUGUUAAGGGUGCGUUACAGGAACGAGAGAAACGGAGUCAAGAAACUGCAAAUCAGGCAUUACAUAGUACUUGAACGGCUCCUAUUGAAGAAAACGCACCAUUGCUUAAACUUCGUAAAUGCCACACAGGUUGACCUCAGCAUUUACCAAGAUCAUUAUUUGUUACUUGUUGAGUUUUUUCUUCCUAGUGUCUUAUUGCAGUGAUAGCGUAAGUUUAGCUGAUUUACUAGUCGACAAAAAUCAACUACCAUGACAUGGGAUGCAAGUAUACCUUCCAGAGAGGUAAGACUUGUAUUUACAGAGUGCUAGUAAAUUACGAUUUUGGACUUUUCAUCUGCCUGCCAUUCUAAAACCUUGUCUCCUUUGGGGCGUUCUCAGGCGUUUUACCGCUACAACGAAUUACAUGAAAAAGAGAGGUGGUUGAUUUCAAACGAUUUAAAAUUUAUUCCAAGAACAUCACUUGUGCUAUGGAAGGAGAAGAAACACCAAACUGAUCCAUUAUUAAUUGGCAGGUUUCAGUGAUUUGUUUUGAGUUUGUUUGAAGUGAUCUCAGACUUGUCUAUGCAAUUGGCUGCAGUGACAAAUGGCCGGACAGUCCUGCGGAGACAAGGCCUAACAUUUUUAGUGUUUUUCAUUAAUACCCAAGAAAAUUGAAAAGAGGAAGAGGGUAAGUAGCACUCCUCUAAGUGAAUGUUUUCAUGUCACAGCAAGUCACCUAUAGUUUAUUGAAAAAUUGAGUUUACAUCAUAGAUGGAUCAAAGCACUGAAGCACUGAGUAUACCAUGCUCUCACUCUUACUGUCAAGGGGUGUAAAGAGAUAGUAAGCAAGAAAUUGAGCGGCAUGAGAAUUUAUUACUAUAUAUAUACUCUGACUUUAUCCUUAAAAUCUUUUUAUGCUUAUUGACUCCUCCAUGUAUCUUAGAUAUUCCACCACCAAAUAGUCAAGAAUCGUAUCAUGAUCAUAAGAUACCUUAUGACCAAAUGGUCAACUACUGUUAGACGAUCGGCGUCUACUUCAUUUGUCACAUGUCCUGGUUGUCUGUGGCUCGGUCAGAAAUGAAGAGCAAGCAACUUUGUCCAUGACCGGCACCGACUGAUACCUUUUUAAGUCACAUUCAAUCCUCCGAUAACUUUCUGGUCACCACCUCAGGUGUUUCAUCUGAGGACUGGAUACGUCUAAUUAUACGUACCUAUGUAUUGUAAGUUUAAUCAUGAAUUAAGUAUGUUAUUAAUGUGUAUUGUGGACAUUAUAAAUGGUAAAAUAUUGUUAUCAUUAUUUCCUUCAAAGUUUUAGGCUUCAGAAUUUUCAAUUUUUCACGAAUUCUGUUUCCUCCGAGGCUGGAAUUUUCUAUACGAAGCAGCUGUAAGCUGUUGUAUUUAGGCUAGUUAGACAUCUGUAGCAAGAAGAAACUUGAAUUUUUCAUUCUGCAUUAACUGUUCCAUCUAUCACUUUAAGUGCCUGUGAGAGCAUUACUAUUCUAAGUUUGUUUUGUUUCUUUAUUGUUUCAUGUGUAAGACCCUACUUAAUGAGACGCUUGUGCAAUUGUUUACAGGGUCUGAAGUUAGUAUACGGCUAGGUUAAGAUAAGUUAUUAAUUCGCUCAUUGAAUGAAAAGUUUGUGAUAAAAGUAGAAUGGUAAUGCCUAUCUACUGAAGAAGGUAGAUUCUUCACUGUAUAUUAUCCCAAGCCUGGGCAGAUGGGUUCCUGGCAUCACUGUUUUAUUUCUCUGCCUUUACCGUUUGCACCAUUUUGCAGCUUUUACUGGUGAUAGUUAACAAUUUCCACGAACUGAAUUAUUGAAUAGUACUGAAAAGUUUCACAUUGGAAAACUUUGACCAAUCUUUUUUAUUUGAAGAAAAUUAGAAGCAUCUCAAGCUGAUAAGUGGUCUACCUGCAUGUUACAAAGGAAUCAAUCCCGUGAAGGAAUUUCUGAUGAAUGUGCUGGAGAUGGAAGCACCAAGCAACUUGUUUCCUAUUCAAAUUUUUAAGAUUUGUAUCAGAAUGUACUUCAGAGUCAAAAGGUUCCUAACUUCGUUUUAGUAUUUUUGAGGUGUCAGGAAAAAAUUUUGCAUCCGCUCAAUUCAUUCCAAUGUAAAUUGCAAUGUUUGAAACGUUGUAUCAAAAUUCUGCAUCCGCUCAAUUCAUUCCAAUGUAAAUUGCAAUGUUUGAAACUUUGUAUCCCAUGACCAGCAUGAUCGGGCUACGAAAGUUCGCCCUUACCAGGAAUCAUUAUAGAAAAUUUCCAAGACGCUAAUAACUUGAUUUUUCCAAUGAUGUGAGCUAGGUACCUAUCGGCUCUGAGGCACUGAUAUAAAGACAACUUCAAAAGUGAGGGAUAUCUGAGGCGAGGGGUGCCAUUAAUUAACAUCACUAUGACUCAAUUGAAAAAUGUGUAUCUCAAAUUGCGACUUUGCAAUUCUCUGCUUAAGUUGGCUUUCCCUGAAGGGAAACUAACUUACAGUUCUGUUGAAGUUUUCUAUGAAUUGUCCUCACUCAUUCUGGAGAAGAUUAAACAAAAUUGUAGGUAAAUGUUCUGAUUGGUUUCUCUUGAAGAAAAUGAAACAUUAUCUGAUUAUCAACAGUCGCAAUUAAGAUAUGAAUUUUUUGCAUAGAUUAGUCAAAUAUUAAUACAUACAUGAUUGGUGUCAUGUAUUAUCUUCUGUUUGUUCAUUGUUCUAUGUCAAAGUUAAUCAUCCUUGAGAGUUAGUUUUCGAAUUUGGUACUGUGUGAAUCGUUUUCAAUCUGAAAUUUUGAAUUGAAAACUUGAAAUGUAGUACCUUAAUCUAAGCUUUGUCCUUUGGCUUUUCAAGUUUUGGGAGAAGGGACAAAAGCUGAAGCUGUUUUCUUCAAUUUUAGGAGGUAAGAUUCUUCAAAUAUGUUAUGUGUUAUAUGUUAUCAUUGUAUCCUUUCUUGUUCUACAUCUUAUGAAUUAAUUGAGCAUUUCAAUCCUUUGUUAUUUUUUAUUGUUUUGUUGCAGCACGACAAGAACUACUGUCCUCAUUUUCGUGUAAGUAUUUCUACUGUCUGUAAAUGUAUACCCUUUUCCUUCUUUGUAAGGGGAAGAGGAAGUAUUGAGAUCUUAUUUCCGCCCAGCGCACAUAUCUGAUCAUUACGCAUCACUUUUUUUGAUAGCAUUUAAGUUUUACAUAGGUCAUAAUUCCCUUUCAACUUCAUUAUAUAGUUUAAUUUAGAGCUCUGAAGAGCUUUUGGGUCCACAUUGUGGGCUAUCGUCUUAGCAGGGGCCCAGAAAGUUCUUUGUUUUCUUCUCAAUCAAAUUUACUUUUACAAAAAUCGCCUUUCAGUGAACAAGCUUAGUUUUUAAAAGAGACACCACUUUCAUAAAAAAGUAGCGCCCUCAGCAUUUCUCCUCACAGAAAAGUAGCAUGUUUGGCCAAUUUUUCUACUAUAGCCAAUGUACUAGUUAGUCUCUUUCACUAAAAUUAACGCCGUUUCCUACUUUCAGAGGACUCAAAUGAAAAUUCAGUUAAUUGUAAAAAGAUAGAAAGAAAAAUAAAAUUGCUCACUUGAAGAAUUUCUUGAUCUCGCUCAUCUCGCUGCUUUCACCAAAA